AUGACAGCUGAAAAGACUAUUCCUAUAAUUAACGGCAAGCCAGAAGAUGUUUUGGAUCCAGAAGCUUCAAGUACCAACCUCGUCCACAGCAAUGAUAAGAAAGUUCAUGAAAGAGGUCACUGGAACAAUAAGGUUGAAUUUGUGCUUUCUGUGGCAGGGGAGAUUAUUGGGUUGGGAAAUGUAUGGAGAUUCCCAUAUCUUUGCUACAAGAAUGGAGGAGGUGCUUUCCUCAUCCCAUAUGUGGUUUUCUUUAUUUGCUGUGGGAUACCAGUUUUUUUCCUGGAGACAGCCUUGGGACAGUUUACUAGUGAAGGAGGCAUUACGUGCUGGAGGAAAGUUUGCCCUUUGUUUGAAGGCAUUGGAUAUGCUACCCAAGUUAUAGAGGCACAUCUAAAUGUAUAUUACAUCAUUAUUUUAGCAUGGGCUAUCUUCUAUCUGUUUAACUGCUUUACUACAGAACUUCCCUGGGCUACGUGUGGGCAUGAAUGGAAUACAGAAAACUGUGUGGAAUUUCAGAAACUUAAUAUGAGCAACUGCAGUCAAAUCUCUUUGCAAAAUGCUACGUCUCCGGUGAUGGAAUUCUGGGAACGCAGGGUGCUGGCCAUAUCUGAUGGCAUUGAACAUAUUGGGAAUCUUCGCUGGGAACUUGCACUGUGCCUCCUCGCUGCUUGGACUAUCUGCUAUUUUUGCAUCUGGAAAGGAACAAAGUCGACUGGGAAGGUUGUAUACGUAACAGCCACAUUCCCCUAUAUCAUGCUGAUGAUUCUUCUGAUUCGAGGGGUAACGUUGCCAGGUGCUUCCGAAGGGAUAAAAUUCUAUUUGUAUCCUGACAUUUCCCGACUGUCUGACCCACAGGUUUGGGUGGAUGCUGGUACACAGAUAUUUUUCUCUUAUGCGAUAUGCCUUGGGUGCCUGACAGCCCUGGGAAGUUACAACAACUAUAAUAAUAACUGCUACAGAGACUGCAUCAUGCUCUGCUGCUUGAACAGUGGCACAAGCUUUGUUGCUGGUUUUGCUAUCUUUUCAGUGCUUGGAUUUAUGGCUUAUGAACAAGGUGUUCCCAUUGCAGAAGUUGCAGAAUCAGGACCAGGACUAGCAUUCAUUGCUUACCCUAAAGCUGUUACCAUGAUGCCUCUUUCUCCUCUGUGGGCAACUCUGUUCUUCAUGAUGCUCAUCUUCCUUGGACUAGAUAGUCAGUUCGUGUGUGUUGAAAGCCUUGUGACAGCUGUUGUAGAUAUGUAUCCAAAGAUUUUCCGAAGGGGCUACAGAAGAGAACUGUUGAUUCUUGGCCUUUCCAUUGUGUCAUAUUUCAUUGGUCUAAUAAUGUUAACUGAGGGUGGAAUGUACGUCUUUCAGUUAUUCGACUCCUAUGCAGCUAGUGGCAUGUGCCUUCUUUUUGUUGCCAUAUUUGAAUGUGUCUGCAUAGGCUGGGUUUAUGGCAGCAAUCGCUUUUAUGAUAACAUUGAGGAUAUGAUUGGGUAUAAACCAUUGUCAUUGAUUAAGUGGUGCUGGAUGGUCUUAACUCCAGGUAUUUGUGCAGGAAUCUUCAUUUUUUUCCUGGUGAAAUACAAGCCUUUGAAGUAUAACAAUGUAUAUACAUAUCCUGACUGGGGCUAUGGCAUAGGGUGGCUGAUGGCGCUCUCUUCCAUGAUUUGUAUCCCUUUGUGGAUCUGCAUUAAGUUCUGGAAGGCAGAAGGCACUUUCAUAGAGAAAUUCAGGAAGUUGAUUACACCUAGCUCGGAUCUGAAGAUGAGAGGGAAACUUGGAGGAAGAUGCUACAUUGCAGCAAUAAAUGACUGCGAUGCCAAACUGAAAGGAGAUGGCACCAUUUCAGCCAUUACGGAAAAGGAGACACAUUUCUGA